AUGCCUCCCAAGAAGAGAGCAGCAAAGGAGGAGGGAAAAGGUGGGGAGGCCAAGAAGAAGACCAACCGAGUCCCUGAUGACCCGGAGGAGCAGCCAGAGGGGGCAGAGACACAGCCAGAGCAGGACCAUGAGCCUGAUGCAGAGGAUGAGGACGAGGAUGAGUCUCCAGCUCUCCAGCGUAUUGUGGAGUUCUAUGAGGCCCAUCCAUACUUCUACAAUCUGAGACAUGAGAAGUACCGCAACACCAAGCUGAAGGAGGCGGAACUGGCGGAGCUGGCUAAGGAGAUAAAGUGGACUGUGGAGAAGAUCAAGAGAAGGUUCAAGAACCUUCGUAGUGCCUAUGGCAAGCUCAAGAACCGGGCCGGAUCUGCGGGGAAGUGGGGCCAAGCGUCCCGCAGGCUGACCAGCCGACAGGAGUGGAAGCUGCGGAACUUGGCCUAUCUAGAUGAGGUCAUUCAGCCGCGGACCCAGGGUCAGGAGUUCGGAAGGGUUGCUGGCGAGGACGAGGGCGAUGAAGAUGUGGAGGCGCGGGAGGACUUUGUGGCUCCCGACAAUGAGGAUGAGGACAGAGGGGCUGAAGGUCGGAAGAGGGGCAACAGUGGUGACAGCCAAGACACCGCUUCCAAGAGGAACAGGGACAGGGCCAGCAGCAGCAGCAGCAGCACCAGCAGCAGCAGGAAGAAGAAGGGCUCAAAGAGUACGCCCGAUGUCAUGGAGAUUCUGAUAAAGAUGCUGCUGGAAAACCGGAGAAGGGACCGGGAAACGGAGAAAAAGUUGGAAGAAUCCGCCACCAGGCAACCGGACGAGCGAGAGGCGUGGGGCAGCUGGCUCCAGACGGUGGUGCGCAACUGCCCAAAGGAGAAGUUCCGUCAGUUCCAGACGGAAACCCUGGCCCUGGCCCAGCGCUAUCAGCCAACGGAUGAGGGGCAAUGUACGAGUGGUCAGCAGUGUCCAGCUCCAUCCCCAGCUCCACCUUCCAUGUUCCCGCCCCGUCCCACGGCCUCCCAGUUCCCGGCCCAGGACCAGUUGCAGCUUCCAUCCGCAGAAAUGCCUUAAAGUCACCCCUGGGUUCAAGCACCAGCUCCUGCAUCAGGUUGUCGUAGUGGCCCAGGGUGACACGCCGCAAGAGCCAGGGCUUCACCCACAUCGUCCUUCUUCUUCUCUGCUGUCGGGCCUGCCGCUGUUCCUCGGGGAUAAGGGCUGCAGUCGGGAAGUCUCGCUCUCGAUGCACCCGCCUCAGCU